AAUUAAAAAAAAAAAAAAAGUACGUGCAAUUGGAGAGAGAGUGAAAGAGAAAGCUAUCUUUGCCCCUUCACUGGCUGCUUCCAAUGCUGUACUAGCAGAACGCACGGCUGGUACCAAACCAGUGCUGCUUUCUUGAAAUUCUAACCCUUUAUAACUAUCAACUGGUCUUUCUCUCUCUCUCUCUCUCUCUCUCUCUCUCUUUCUGAGUUUUGCUUGUUUGGGAAGAGCUAUGAGAAGAUCCCAUUUCUGUUUUGCUUCUGUACUAACACUUUUGGUUGCUUAUACUUUUCAAUUUCAAGCUCAUGCUGUUCCUGCGGGGCCAUUAGUUAAGCACUUGUCUUCUCUUCUCAAAUGGACUGCCAGAUCAUCCUCCAAAAUACCCCAGUCAGAUGGGAAUGUUCUUCAAUUUGAAGAUGGGUACUUAGUGGAGACUGUUGUGGAAGGAAAUGAAAUUGGAGUUGUUCCUUACAAAAUCCGCGUCUCUGAUAAUGGAGAACUAUAUGCUGUUGAUGAGGUUAAUAGCAACAUUGUUAAAAUUACCCCUCCAUUGUCCCAAUACAGUAGGGCCAGAUUGGUGGCUGGUUCAUUUCAGGGUUAUAAAGGGCAUGUGGAUGGAAAACCAAAUGAAGCUCGUUUUAAUCAUCCCAGAGGUGUAACCAUGGAUGAUAAAGGGAAUGUAUAUGUUGCUGAUACCUUGAAUCUUGCCAUCAGAAAGAUUGGAGAUGCUGGUGUGACAACCAUUGCUGGUGGGAAAUCAAAUAUUGCUGGCUACAGGGAUGGACCUAGUGAGGAUGCGGAAUUCUCAACUGAUUUUGAUGUGGUGUAUGUUCACUCCACAUGCUCUCUGUUAGUUGUUGAUAGAGGAAAUGCUGCCCUUCGACAAAUCUCUCUCAACCAAGAAGAUUGUGAUUAUGAGUCCAGUUCAAUUACUGCAACAGAUCUCCUUAUGGUUAUUGGUGCUGUCCUCGCUGGAUAUGUUACAUGUAUGCUUCAGCAAGGAUUUGCGCCUUCUUUCUUCUCAAGAACGCAACAAUACUCAGAAAGUGAAUUUAAAGAGUAUCCAAGUAUGGAGAAACCAACUCCUAUCACAGAGAGCAUGAAAGAGGAACCUAAGUGGCCAUCUUGUGGACAGCUCAUGAUUGAUCUUUCUAAGUUAGCACUCGAGGCAUUGGCUAGCAUGUUCCUCUACUUAAUCCCUUCAUGGUUUAGAUCAAGGGGAUCCAAGAAAGGCCUCACACCUUUGAAAGAUUCCCUGAGGAUGCCUGAAGAUGAGGUUGAACCCCCAUCCGUCCAGAGGCAGAGUACUCCUGUUUCUUUAUCUGAAACCCAGCAGGUCCAUACUCCCAGCGCGGGUGAUAAUUAUUCAGAAAUGAAGCCACCAAAGAUCAAGUCAGCCAGUUUUAAGGAUCCUUCUUUAUCAAGCAAGCACCGAUCCUCAAAACGACAAGAAUAUGCAGAAUUCUAUGGAUCAGGUGAGGUGCCUUCUUCUGGCAGGUCCAGGAGCCACAAAGAGAAAACAAGGCAUCGCCAACGAGAUAAGAGUGGGGAGGUGGUUUUUGGAGCAGCUGGGCCAGAGCCAAAGCCUGCUGAGAUGAAGCCUGUAGAGUAUGAUAAUCCAAAAUUUGACCGUUACAAUAUGAGAAGCAAAUAUGGAUCUGACAAUUCCUACCAAUUUUGAUCAACUGCUACUGUUAGCUGUUGACCGACCCAUGUCUUGUUUCAAUUUUUGUAUCCUUAUGUCUGGUAUUCAGUUGACGUUUAAUUCAAAUCGCAACUUUAAACGAGGAUUUAUCUGGUAGAAGUAGGGACAGAGGCAGCUCAGAUAAUCGUUGAUCCACCUGCUGCAACACAUUUAUAUUCGCAGCAGGAUGCUCCGAGUGAGCACUGUUAAUUGUUCUGAAAUUGAGCUGCUGCUGUUAGUUUCCAGAAGGAAACUGAUCAUCUAUCAUCUUGUUAGGAGCAUCGUUGUCAAGAAAUUCAUCUUACAAAGGAGGAGCUUCUCGUUUGAGACUC